AUUAUUUUGUCGUGAAUAUAUGUAUAAUACAAUAAUAUUUUUUGCAGAUUAUGGUCUUGGGGAUGACAACGAACGAACGUAUGAAUGCUGGCCGUUACAAACAUUUCAAGCAGGGGAACCCGUUCCAUCGCGGUGCUCUGCAGAAUGCCGCUGAUUUCUGUAACUUUAGCUUUUGCGGGGUGAAGGCGAAACCUAGCUCGGACUGGUUGCAUAGUUUUGAUCUCAAGCAAAGUAUCGAGAAGUUACCUUUGCUCGCACAGAAAGAUAAUUUUCAAUAUGUUUAGAAUUCGGUAAGCAGCCAUGAGAAGCUAAUUGUACACACUUACAUACAUCAUAUCACUUAUGCCUGACGCGUAUUCCUUGGGCUAUCAAAGAGUUGCCACGAACAUGUAAGUGAUUUUCCAGUACGGCAGUAAUUAUGCAUACACGACGAUGCGAUAUAGUUCAUACUUUCUAAACAGCUCUACUAUACAUCGUUCGCUGAAUAACAAUCUUUCGACUUGUACGUAAAAGAUUGUUAUAUUGCGAGUAUGCAUAUCCCAUCUCUACUUUACUCUACUUAAAGCUGUCGAUGAAAGAAUACAAAUGCACAAAUACUUCAUCAAUUAAAUCUUUAUUGCCCAAACAUAAAAAACGAUAAAGAAA